GACUAGUUAUCAUUGAGUCCUCACACGGUGAACGAGACGCGGGUCAACUACUAGGCAGCUCCGGACUGGAAACGGCUAUCGUCUUUCUAACUGUACGUUUUCUUUUACAAACGUCAGUUCGCUAUUUGCGGUGGGGUUUUAUUUUUAUUUAUUUAAAAAAAUAUUCUACAGUUCCGCGCGCGCGCCAUCGUAACGUUCCUGUGUGUGUGCGCGCGCAUAAUUAGCUUACCCGCUCGGCCAUUCUUCAACGAUAUUGGCAAGGAAACGUGUGGAUGUUGCUGUGCUCAUCUGCAGCUGCACAAUGGCUGUCUGGUCACUAGCGAGGACCCAAAGGAACUGUAACAGUUUUAGUAUAAUUACAGGAUAGCAAUAGCACACUACACCUCUCUCGGUUUUCUCGCCUGUCCUUAGUAAGUCCUGUUAAACAGGCGGGCCUGCAAGAAGACAUAUUUAUCUUUCCUUGUACUCCUUUUACGGUUCCGUGGAAAUUGUAGCGUUAUCUCAUUUACAAUCAUGGUUUCGACAACCGCGACUGUGGCCGCCAUUGUGUUAGCCGGCGCCGCGGCAACACAGGGCCCCCUGACGGCUUAUUUAUGGCUGCUGAUCGUGGGCUUCAUCAUCGCCUUCAUCUUGGCCUUCUCCGUGGGCGCCAACGACGUGGCCAACUCAUUUGGCACCGCCGUGGGCUCCGGAGUGGUCACGCUGAAGCAGGCUUGCAUCCUGGCCACCGUCUUCGAGACCGUGGGCUCCGUGCUCCUCGGGGCCAAAGUCAGCGAGACCAUCCGCAAGGGCAUCAUCGACGUGAACAUGUACAAUGGUUCGGAGCACGUGUUGAUGGCCGGGUCCAUCAGCGCCAUGUUCGGUUCUGCUGUGUGGCAGCUGGCUGCCUCCUUCCUUAAGCUCCCCAUCUCGGGAACACACUGUAUCGUUGGUGCUACUAUAGGCUUCUCUCUGGUAGCCAAAGGCCAGCAAGGUGUCAGGUGGCUCCAACUUCUCCGCAUUGUUGCUUCCUGGUUCCUGAGUCCCCUCUUGUCUGGUCUAAUGUCAGCUGUCGUCUUCUACUUUGUGCGCAUGUUCAUCUUACACAAGAAAGACCCGGUGCCUAAUGGGCUGAAAGCCCUGCCUGUGUUCUACGCCAUCACCAUUGGAAUCAACCUGUUCUCCAUCAUGUUCACUGGAGCCCCGAUGCUGGGAUUUGACAAUCUUCCUUGGUGGGGGACGCUGCUCAUCUCACUGGGCUGUGCACUGCUGACGGCCAUCGUGGUUUGGUUCAUAGUCUGCCCUCAUCUGAAGAAGAAGAUCCAACGAGACAUGAAGUCUUCCAGCCCCUCAGAGAGCCCCCUGAUGAAGGAGACCGAGGCUCACAGUCCCAUCCUGAAGCAGACCAGCAAGGAGGCGUCCGCCCUGGCAACACCGCCUGUCAAUCAGAGCCCAGCAGCUCAGCCCGCUGCAGACGAGCGCCGCGUGGCGUUUGACAUCGGAGACUGUGACGACGGCGACGUGGUCAAAGAGCGGCGUGUGGCGUUCGACAUCGGAGAGUCGGAUGAAACGGACGAGAGCAGCACAAACGAUGUUCCCAAACAAGUCCAGUCCAACAACCACAUAAACGCCCCCCACCAAGCCCAGUUCAACCAGCGGCCCCCACAGGUGCCGAGUAACGGCUACAGCCAGUACCACACGGUCCACAAGGACUCUGGCCUCUACAAGGACCUCCUGCACAAGCUCCACCUGGCCAAGGUGGGCGACUGCAUGGGCGAGGGCGGCGAGCGUCCAAUCCGGCGCAACAACAGCUACACCUCCUACACCAUGGCCAUCAUCGGCAUGCACGCCGACUUCAGGCACAAAGACGGCGACCCCCAGGAAGGUGAGAAGAGCGGCCAGGACAAAAAGCGCGUGCGCAUGGACAGCUACACCAGCUACUGCAACGCCGUGGCCGAGCACGGUGCACCCGAAGGCGUUGGGGAGGGCGAUGUGACGCUGGACAUGGGGAAGGAGGACGCCCACAGCACCCAGAGCUCUCUGGACGAGGACGGCCUCGAAGCGGACAAACCCGAAGUCUCCGUGCUCUUCCAGUUCCUGCAAAUUCUCACCGCCUGCUUCGGAUCCUUCGCUCACGGAGGAAACGACGUCAGUAACGCCAUCGGACCGUUGGUGGCGCUCUGGCUGGUUUACAACAGCGGUAGCGUGGACUCCAAUGAACAGACGCCCACUUGGCUGCUGCUCUACGGAGGUGUGGGCAUCUGCAUGGGUCUGUGGGUGUGGGGGCGCAGAGUGAUCCAGACCAUGGGCAGGGACCUCACUCCCAUCACCCCCUCAAGUGGUUUCAGCAUCGAGUUGGCCUCGGCUCUGACUGUGGUGGUCGCGUCUAACAUCGGCCUGCCGGUCUCCACCACCCACUGCAAGGUGGGCUCGGUGGUGGCCGUGGGGUGGCUGCGCUCCAAGAAGGCGGUGGACUGGCGUCUGUUCCGCAACAUCUUCAUGGCGUGGUUCGUGACCGUGCCCAUCUCGGGCCUGAUCAGCGCCGCCAUCAUGGCCAUCUUCAUCUACGGCAUCAUAUGAGGCCUGCACACACGCCCCCAAGCACGGGGAGGGGAGAAGACAACCGCUCCAUGCGCACCCAGAGAAGAGUGGAGUCGGGUGGGGUUAAUAUUUAUCGCUUACCUCAAGUCCACCACUUUUACAAAAGAAAAAAAAAUGUGAUGGGACCUUUUGGAAUGUCGUCAUGUAAAUGUUUCAUUUGGGCCUCCCGUUACUUUUCUUCUGACUUCUUCUCAUUCUGAGUCUAAAGGCUUACUUGUUCUAAUACAAGCUCCUUUUUUAUUUUGCUGUAACAUCUUUUUGUUAGAAAAAGAACAAAAUGCAGUAUUAGACUUAAAUAUAAAAAAGGUUACUAUUGUUCACUACACUUAGGGAUAGAAACAGUAUUUAUACACAACCAUGACAUCAUAUAUUGGCUCAACAAGUAAAAAAAGACCAAAUUUGGCUCUUUUAGGCACUAUAACAAACAUCCGUGCAGAUAUCCGAGACUGAAUAAAUGUUACUUGACCUUUUAAAAAAUGAUGUGAAUGUGCUGAACUCCUGUUUAAACUUGAGCGUGUCGUCAAUGUGGCUAGUUGGAUGCUCGCAGCCUCCUGCUGAGUUCACCUCAUCGCUGCAAGGCUCCUUCCUGCAGGACGUUGACUGGUUUGCUUCUUUUGUUUCUUGGCUUUCCGGCCACCUCGCAGGUGAAUAAAUAAGCCAGCGGGUCUGCUGAGUGUGUGUUUGGAGUAGAAGUGUUGCAGAAGUAAACGGCAUAUCACACCUGUAGACCAUGUAGCUGCCUUAACUCUCUUAUUUGCCCUUUAGGUACCAAAGAAUAGGUUUUUUUAAUUUUAUUUUUUAAUACAAAUGCAUAACAUAAAAAUUCAAUAAAAACUGAAAAAAAA